GAAAUAGACCCCUUCCACAGAGAGGCUUCUCUGAGAAGUGCCUUCAACAGCACGGAUCUUAGGCCUUGAGGAAAACCUCUAUUUAAGUGGAUCUCUCUCCUCUAUUCUCUUCUUUCUUAAAUCCCCACCUCGAAAUCACAGCUCACCUUGCUGUUCCUCCAUUCAUCUCCUUCUGCUCCUUUCCUUCCGUUUCCAUUUUCUUGGGUCUCCAACCCGGUCUAUUUGUUCUGUUGUUGGGAUUGAGGUGCAACCAUGGUGGAUGCCCCAGUCCUCAACAAGGGGGAGGACGGUAUGGACCUGCCCCCAGGCUUUAGAUUCCACCCAACAGAUGAAGAGAUCAUCACCCACUACCUCUCUCAAAAGGUUCUUAACCAUAGCUUCAGUCCCGCAGCUAUAGGAGAGGUGGAUCUGAACAAGUGUGAACCAUGGGAUCUUCCAAGCAAGGCCAAGAUGGGAGAGAAGGAGUGGUACUUCUUCUGCCAGAGGGACAGGAAGUACCCAACUGGCACGAGGACCAACAGGGCCACAGAAGCUGGCUAUUGGAAGGCCACGGGAAAGGACAAGGAGAUCUAUAGGGGGAGAGGAGUCCUGGUUGGCAUGAAGAAGACCCUUGUGUUCUACAAGGGGAGAGCUCCCAAGGGAGAGAAGAGCAACUGGGUCAUGCAUGAAUUCAGGCUUGAAGGCAAAGCCCCUUGCUUCAAUCUCCCUAAAACCGCCAAGGAUGCGUGGGUUGUCUGUAGGGUGUUCCAUAAAAACAUUGGAAUCAAGAAGAGCCCAGUGCCAGGACUCGAGAGGAUGAGCUCUUUCGGAGAUGAUUUCCUGGACUCUUCUACAUUGCCUCCUCUACUGGAUCCCCCUUACUACAAUUCUAAUAUCAGGCCAAGUCCAAGCUGCAUCAACGAUGGCGAGGGCUUCGAAUUCAAGGGAAUUCCAACGAGCUCUCCAUCCAUGCCUUCCUAUUACUCCAUGUUAGGCGUGGAGAACCGGCAAGGUAUCAGUCCUCAGGCAAGCUCAGCAAAUCAACAUCAGAAUGCAGUCUACUAUCCCCAAGUCCCUCCUCAGAGCCCAUACUUCUCUCUCCCCGAAGCUCCUAAUUUAGGCUACUUGCACCAGGAUGAUGCAAUGCUGCGAGCUUUAGCUGCCACCAACGAUGCAUCAUCGGCCAUCAGGAGGACUUGCAAGGUGGAGCAGUACUCGAAUCAGUCGAUGGUCAGCCCAUCGCAGGACACGGGUCUGAGCACCGAUCGGAACACUGAGAUUUCCUCUGUGGUGUCAAAGCAUUAUGAUGAUUUUGAUGACCCUUGCUCGGCUGGACCUGUAAUGGACUUGGAGAACAUGUGGAAGUACUGAAAAGUUUAAGAUUGAUGCAUGUUUUAGCUCCAUUUGUUAGGCUCUUAUCUCUCCAAGGCCACUCAUAUCUUAUUAUUCACAGAAGAGAAGGCUUUGUGUUUUAGAUGCUGUUAUUGUAUAUACACUUCUGAUUGUGUAGUUUAUAUACAGAUUAAAAACUUCUAGUCUUCUAUAGAGGAGUGAGAUGAAGGUGUGGGCACUAAUAUAAAUUUAUUCUUUUGUUGAAUUAGGAUAUAUUACUGAUAUGUUACAUUAUUGGAUUAAUUAUUGGAAUUGUUCUUGUACUGAAAAUUUUCUUGGUUCUAUGAGAUAUGCAGUUUUUUUUU